AUGGAGUUGGGUGGGAUUCUUGAUGUACUUGACAAGAAAACCAUUUUGGUAACAGUAUUUGUGGAGAAGAUACUUAGAGUUCAACCAAAUGUGAAGAAACUAUAUCUUCUUGUCAGAGCAACCGAUAACAUGUCUGCCUUACAACGCUUCAACACCGAGGUAGUAGCAAAAGACUUGUUUAAAGUCCUGAAAGAGAAGUACCAUACAAAACUGCAAAAUUUUCUCUCUGAAAAGGUUAUUCUUGUUCCGGGGGACAUAACAUGUGAGAACUUGGGAGUAAAAGACUCAUGCCUGAAAGAGGAUAUGUGGAGAGAUGUUGAAGUUGUUGUUAAUUCAGCUGCCUCCACCGACUUUUAUGAAAGAUACGAUGUUUCCCUAGAUCUUAACACAUUCGGCGCUAAAUUCGUUUUGGAUUUCGCGAAGAAAUGUAUCAACAUAAAGCUAUUACUUCAUGUUUCCACAGCCUAUGUCUCCGGUGAGAAGUCAGGGAUGAUACAUGAGACUCCAUGCUACUUGGGACAGAUUCUUGACAUCAAAUACGAGAAAAUGAUCCUCGAAGAUAGACUAAAAGAACUUGAAUAUCACAAUGCUAACGAGGAAGCAAUUAAAAUGGCCAUGAAAGAUUUGGGUACGCAAAGGGCAAAUCAUUGUGGAUGGCCAAAUACAUAUGUUUUUACCAAGGCCUUAGGAGAAAUGGUUCUUCAUCAAUUUAAAGGAGACAUUCCGCUGGUUAUUCUUCGUCCAACCAUCAUCACUAGUACCUACAAAGAACCCUUCCCCGGGUGGAUCGAAGGCAUUAGGACCAUCGAUAGCUUUAUUGUUGGCUAUGGAAAAGGCAGGUUAAAGUGUUUCCCUGCAGAUCCUGAAUGCGUGUAUGAUGUGGUACCUGCUGACAUGGUGGUGAAUGCUAUGAUCGCUGCAAUCAUGGCUAAUACAGAUCAAACUUCUUCUGAAACAAUUUAUCAUAUUGGAUCUUCGGUGUCAAAUCCUUUGAAGUACACCAUAAUACAGAAAUGUACCUACCUGUAUUUUACUCAACAUCCAUGGACUAAAAAAGAUCGGAAAUCAAUCAUAGUUCGCGAGUGUAAAGUGUUGAAAUCAAUGGCAAGCUUCCAUAGAUAUAUCACGCUUCGUUACUUGCUUCCCCUGCAGGUACUAAUAGUUGUGAAUGUAAUACUCUGCCAAGCGUUUGCGGGUACAUGCAAGAAUAUUGAACGAAAGAUCAACUUGGUACUUCGGCUAGUGAAGCUUUACCAACCAUAUCUGUUCUCGACAAGUUUGUACCAUGAUAUAAAUACUGAAAAGUUGCGUAACAUGGUGAGGGAGAGUAAGCAUGAUGAUGUUGCCUUCUACUUCGACCCAAAGAUAAUUGAUUGGGAAGACUACUUCCUGCAUACACACAUUCCUGGAGUGCCAGUUUUUCAUGUUCGCAUUAUUACCAGUUUUGCAUCUGACCUUAAACCAAAGAAAAGAAUUAUUAAAAACUUCCGAAGCAAGGUUAGAGAUGCCCUUCACUUUGCUAUUGAAGCAAAGAUCGUUUAUGUUUAUGUUGCGCCAAUACUCCAGAGGAAAGCUCUAAUUACAACAUCGUAUUUUGUCAGCUCCUCCUUAGAGCAGCUUGGAUUAACCCUGCCUUUGAUUAGAUCAUCCACUUCAUUACAUUGCACGAUAUCAAAGAGCUUAUUCCACCUUCUUCUAAGGGACGCCAUCAUCUCCUACACUGUAAGAACAAAUGGUUCACCGACUCAGGAAAACUAUUGCAGGUUGGGCAAAACAAAGCUUGAAGGGCAACACCUCUUUGGAGCAGGUUAUAUGAUUUUUUCUAGUUCCAAGCAUGACUAA